AAGGGACAGCAGCAAGUUGUGACAAAGAAGCUCAAGAUCCAUCGCAAAGCAAUCCUACUGUGGCCCAACCAAUAGAAAAGACGACCAAGAAGAGGGGCCGGAAGAAGAAAACGCCCAACAUAUCUUAUCCAACAGAGGCCACAGUAGAAUUCAGUGAAGCAUUAAUAUGUGGACCUAACACAGGAUCAAGAAGUAAUAAGAAAUCCAAAGAAGAAAGCUCUACAAGUGGAGAUUUUUGCAUAUUAUUACCCGUAGACACACAAGUUCAGAAUACAUCCGUUAAGAGGAUGAGAUAUAGCAGAAGAAAUGCAACAAAUAAGAUAUCAUAUGAUCAUGAACAGUCAACUGAAGAUAUCAAAAUGUCAAGUAUAUUUUCUCCAAAAAGCACUUCGCAUGAGACAAAGCCCAUUGUCAAUUGCAGUUUUGAAGAUAACAAAAACAAAAGAGAUCAGACAACUGGGAAUGAAGAGAGUUCAAAUACUAAUGGCAGGAAUAUCAUUGGGGUACAUCAUAAUAAUUUGUCUUUAUACAGAACGCAAAUUGAAACAGCAAGUACUUCUGCCACAACUAAUCUAAAUGGAGUAAAAAUGACAUUUUCUCCGCAAGAUGCGCGCAGGCUUGAUUACGCAUCCAGUUCUGACAGUUCUGAAUAUAAUUCUGAUUAUGACAAGUUUAUUAAGUUCAUCUCAAGAGUGCGAAGUUGGGAAGAACAAAUAUCAGAAAAUGCAAUGGACAAAUCAUUAGAUAUUUCUGAUGUAGAUGCUAUAACAAAGCAAUUUAAAAAAUUGAAAAUCAAAACACAAGAGAAUGCGGUAUAAAC